AUGUUUCAAACAGAUAUUCUUAUUGAUACAUCUGUAUUGCCAUCAAACAUAAUGUCAUUACGUGAUGAUAAUUUUAUUGAUUUUGUGAAGGAAGAAGCUGGUCAUGCUGUUGCUGCUCUACUAGAAUUACAAGGUAUUAAUAGUGUGAAGUCAUUGUUGAUGACAGAUGAUGUUUGUUCUAUUAUGAACGUGAAGAGUAAAAGUCUCGAUGCAUUUAAAAAUAAAUAUGGUUAUAUGCAAGAUGAUGGUAUAUGUAUCAUACAACCUGGUGUUAAAGGAAAUAUAGAAUAUCUCAUUAGUUUGUUGAAGAAAAAAUGUGUUGAUGAUGCAAAAUUAGUUAAAUCUUCAAAACGCAAUCAAUUGUCAUCAUCGUUAACUACAACUACAGAUACAUCAUCAACAAUAAGAAAACCUACGUCAUCUAUUUUAUCUGAUAGCUCACCAGAAACUGCAUCAUUAAAAUCUUCGAAUUUAUCAGUUGCUGAACAUAAAUCAUACAUAAUUGAUACAUUAAAUAGCUGGUGCAAGAACAACAAAUCAAAAGAUAAUAAUGAACGAUUUUCUUUAGUUGAAGGCAAGGAUUAUUUUAUUUCAUUACAAAAUGAUUCAACUGGUACAUUAAAAUGUAAUAUAAAAUGCAGCUGUGAAAAAUGGACAACAUUAGUAUUUAGACGUGGAAAAUUUCAGCUGUCAAAUUUCUAUCGUCAUUUACAAGGCUUAACUAAUGAAUGUCCUGCAUUCAAAAAAAAUUUUAAUAAUCCUCCAGUAUCAUCACCAUCAUCAACACAUAAUCAUUAA